AUGGCUCCCAAGGACGACGACUUCGUCCUCACGCUGUCCGAUGACGAGGAUAUUCCCCGAUUCGACGACGACGAAGCUAACGAGCUUGCCGACGAGACCCCAGCUAUCGACUCGAAAAAGCGCAAGCGCGAGGCCGAAACUUCCAAGGACAAGAACAAGAAGCAAAAGCAGCAAGCUAAGAAUGUGAAGGGCAAGAAGGGCAAGGUCCAGCCUGUGGCUGAGGAGUCUGAAGAAGAGGACGACGAGGAGAAUGAUGUUCCCGGCGCCGAUGACCAUGCUUUGAACCCCGAUUUUGAGUUCGACGUGGGUGGUGUGGCCAAUCACGGUGUCACUGAAGGCUUCGACGGUUGGGGUCUGGAGGAUUCCAAGCAGAACGGCGGUGGUGAUAAGAAGGCCGUGGACAUUGACGACAUCAUCUCUCGGAGAAGGGAAAAGCAGGAGGCUGCAGCCAAGAAGAAGCAAAAGAAGCAAGCUCAAGAGGAGGAGAGUGCCAGCGACUCGGAUGAUGAAGAUUCCGAGGCCGAUGGCGGUAUGGAGGUCGACUUUGAAGACGACGAGCUCGUCGCCGAGGAUGCUUUCGGUAUGGGCGCUGACGGCGAGGAUGAGAGCGAGGCUGAGGGCCCUGAAGUUGGCUCUGGACCCGAAGACAGCGAAGACGAAGACGAGCAAGACGACGAUGAUGACGAUGCUGCGUCCGACAACGACUCGAUUGCUACUCCCGUUGGUCACCCCGACGAUAUUGGUUCUGGCCAAGAAUCCGACAUUGAGAGCGAGGUGGACGCAGAGGAAGCCGAGAAGCGCAAAGCCUUUUUCGCUCCUGAAGAGAAGGUCAACGACAAGGCCGCCAUGGCGAACAGCACGUUCCAAGAUUUCAACCUUUCUCGUCCCAUUCUGCGAGGUUUGGCCUCUGUUGGAUUCACCGACCCUACCCCUAUUCAGCGCAAGGCUAUCCCAGUGGCUCUUCUCGGCAAAGAUGUCGUCGGUAGUGCCGUUACUGGUUCAGGAAAGACUGGUGCUUUCAUCGUACCCAUCCUGGAGCGUCUGCUCUUCCGUCCUCGCAAGACGCCUACCAGCCGCGUUGCUAUCCUAAUGCCCACUCGUGAGUUGGCGGUGCAGUGUUACAAUGUUGCCGUCAAACUGGCUACGUUCACCGACGUCACCUUCUGUCAGCUUAUUGGUGGUUUCAGUCUUCGCGAACAAGAGAAUGUGCUCAAGAAGCGCCCGGAUGUGAUUAUCGCUACCCCCGGCCGUUUCAUUGAUCACAUGCGCAACUCGCCCAGCUUCACCGUGGAUACUCUGGAGAUUCUGGUUCUCGAUGAAGCCGAUCGUAUGCUUGAGGAUGGCUUCGCCGACGAAUUGAACGAGAUUUUGACUACAAUCCCCAAGUCUCGCCAGACCAUGCUGUUCUCUGCUACUAUGACCGAUACUGUCGACAAGCUGAUCCGCGUUGGUCUGAACCGUCCCGUCCGUCUUAUGGUGGACGCAAAGAAGAAGACUGCCGUCACGCUGACCCAGGAGUUUGUCCGUCUACGCCCUGGUCGCGAGGACAAGCGUCUCGGAUAUCUGUUGUACCUGUGCAAGGAGAUCUACACCGAGCGAGUUAUCAUUUUCUUCCGGCAGAAGAAGGAGGCGCAUCGCGUCCGUGUUAUCUUUGGACUGUUGGGGUUGAAGGCUGCAGAGCUACACGGCAGCCUGAGCCAAGAACAGCGUAUCAAAUCCGUCGAAAACUUCCGUGACGGCAAGGUCGCGUUCCUACUUGCUACCGAUGUCGCCUCCCGUGGUCUUGAUAUCAAGGGUGUGGAGACCGUUAUCAACUACGAAGCCCCCAGAGCCACGAGAUUUACCUGCAUCGUGUCGCCCGACCGCAAGGUUGUCAAGUCCGCCGUGAAGGCCGGCAAAGCUCAAGGUGCCAAGAUCGUCAGCCGAGUGGUCGAGAUGGCCAUUGCUGAUGAAUGGGCGCAAAAGGCCGAUGAUCUCGCCGACGAGGUGCAAGAAGUGCUACAAGAAGAGAAGACCGAGAAGCAAUUCGCGCAAGUCGAGAUGCAGUUCAACAAGGGCGAGAAUCUGAUGAAGUACGGCCAGGAGAUUAUGGCCCGGCCCAAGCGGACGUGGUUCGAGACGGAGACGCAGAAACGAGCUGCGCGCAAGUUGGGCCGUACUGAAUUGAAUGGAGCAGACUCCAGCUCGAAGAAGGACAAGGCCAAGCUUAGCAACAAGGAUAAGAAGCGGCUGGACGAUGCGAAGAUGAGACAUGAAGGGAACAUUGGGUGGAAAAAGGGCAGGUCGGAGCGAGAUGCUCCGAAGACGAAAGGCAAAGACAAGAAGAGGAAGGGGAAGAAAUAA